GCCAUGCGCGUGGCGGUGAUCGGCGCCGGGGUGAUCGGGCUCUCCACCGCCCUGUGCAUCCACCAGCGCUGCCACAGCCUGCUGCCCUCCCUGCAGCUGGAGGUCUAUGCAGAUUGCUACACACCCAACACCACCAGCGAUGGGGCAGCUGGCCUCUGGCAGCCCUACCUGAGUGACCAGGGCAACCUGCAGGAGACGCUGUGGAACAAGGAGACCUUUGACCACCUCCUGGGGCACCUGGGCUCCCCAGCAGCGAAGGACAUGGGACUGUUCCUCAUUUCUGGCUACAACCUGUUCACACAGCCAGUGCCGGACCCAUCUUGGAAGAACAUUGUCCUGGGAUUCAGGAACUUGACACCAAAAGAGCUUGAGCUCUUCCCUGGUUACAGCUAUGGAUGGUUCAACACAGCCCUGAUGCUGGAGGGCAGGAGCUAUCUGCCAUGGCUCACCAACAAGUUAAUGCAGGGAGGGGUGAAGUUUUUCCACAAGAAGGUUGAGUCCUUCCAGGAGAUGUUUGCCCAGGGGGUGGAUGUUGUGAUAAACUGCACUGGGAUGCGUGCUGGGCAGCUGCAGCCUGACCCAGAGCUCCAGCCUGGCCGUGGACAGAUCAUAAAGGUCCUGGCCCCGUGGGUGAAGCAUUUCAUCAUCACUCACAGCACACAGAGUGGCAUCUACAACUCCCCAUACAUCAUUCCAGGGAGUGAGUUCACAGUCUUGGGAGGGAUCAAUCAGCGUGGCAACUGGAGUGAAGAGAACACUGCCCAGGAUCACAAAACCAUCUGGGAGAGCUGCUGCAGGCUGCUGCCUGCUCUCCAGGGAGCAAAGGUGGUGCAGGAGUGGAGUGGCUUGAGGCCAACACGGCCCCGGGUUCGCCUGGAGCGGGAGACCAUCAGCCACGGGCAUCUCCAGGCAGAGGUGAUACACAACUAUGGGCAUGGAGGGUUUGGGAUCACCAUCCACUGGGGCUGUGCCAUGGCAGCAGCCAGGCUCUUUGAGAGCAUCCUGCAAGAGAAGCUGGCCAGGCCACACCAGUCCCACCUGUGAGCUGCCUGCUCAGCUGGCACCAUUGGGACAGCAGCAGCUUAGAGACCCCAGCAGAAGGAUGGGCAGAGCACAGUGCCACACCUGGGCCCUCCAACCCUCCCACCAGCUCCUGCACCGCCUCACAGACCUGCUGCAGUGGCUCCACAGGAGGAUCAGAGGGCUGCAGCACCUCUGCUGGGUGCACAGGUUGGGAGAGUUGGGGUUAGUCAGCCUUGUGGAGGCUCCAGGGAGACCUCAGAGCAGCAUUUCAGGGGGUACAGGAUGGCUGGGGAGG